GGCGCCGCACGCACGUGUCUCGGAGUUUUCUCUUCGUUCGAUCUCGGGUUUUUUGGGGAAAAAGUCGGAAAAUGUGCCACUUGGAUAUUCAGCACUGCGCCACAAAAAUAUGAAAAUAACGAUUACAACUUUCGGUUUUAAAUGCGGUGUCGAUUCUGUAUAAAAAUAUUGUUUCAAACGUUUUCUGAUUUGUGUGAAAUAUCAACCGCAGCACGCAGUUUGCAUAUUUAAAUAUUGGAAUUUCGUAGAGGAAAUUUUAAUGAGACGACUGCGGAGAACCGAAGGCGAGGUGGACCAGUGAGUGGGCAGGACAGGGCAGGAGCUGCUGCCAAUCAAAACGGAGUCGCUGGCCAGGACUCCAUCCAACCGAAAAGCCAACCAUCUGACCGGCUCAUCAUUGACACCAUGGUCACGAACAUGUCGCAGCCGCAUUAUUGCGGCACAGGCAUCGAUGAUUUUCACACAAACUACAAAUACUUCCAUGGCUACUUUUCGCUUAUUGUCUGCAUCUUGGGCACCAUUGCGAAUACCCUAAACAUCAUAGUCCUAACCCGAAGGGAGAUGAGAUCCCCAACAAAUGCCAUACUCACCGGUCUGGCAGUGGCCGAUCUGGCUGUGAUGCUGGAAUAUAUUCCCUAUACGGUCCACGAUUAUAUACUCAGUGCUCGGUUGCCGCGGGAGGAGCAGCUGAGCUACAGCUGGGCCUGCUUCAUCAAGUUCCAUUCGGUGUUCCCCCAGGUGCUGCACACCAUCUCCAUUUGGCUAACCGUAACACUGGCUGUGUGGCGCUAUAUAGCUGUGAGUUAUCCGCAACGGAAUCGGAUCUGGUGCGGAAUGAGAACGACGCUAAUCACCAUUGCCACGGCCUAUGUGGUGUGUGUCCUGGUGGUAUCACCGUGGCUGUAUCUGGUAACAGCCAUAGCCAAAUUUCUGGAGACACUGGAUGCGAGUGGCAAGACCAUAGCAUCGGUGCCAUUGAGUCAGUAUAUUCUGGACUACAAUCGGGAGCAGGAGGAGGAUGUGACCAUGCAGGUCAUGUCCAGUACAACGCCGGAUGUCUCCUGGGCAAUGCCAAGUGCUUCAGCCAAUGGUACAGCCGUCAGUUUGCUGACCCUGACUACAGUGGUGCCUCUCACGAGCUGGACACCGGGCACAACUCCUUCCAUGAUGGGGGAACGUAACGUGACGGUCUAUAAGCUAUAUCACAGUGCCUUGGCCCUGCACGAUCGACAGUUCAGGAAUGCCACUUUCCUCAUAUACAGUGUCCUGAUCAAGUUGAUACCCUGCUUCGCCCUGACCGUACUCUCGGUGCGGUUAAUCGGUGCCUUGUUGGAGGCGAAGCGAAGGAGGAAAAUCCUUGCAUGCCAUGCGGCCAACGAUAUGCAGCCAAUAGUCAAUGGAAAAGUGGUGGUGUCACCCACACAGCCCAAGAGCUGCAAGUUGUUGGAGAAGGAGAAGCAGACGGAUCGAACAACCAGGAUGCUUCUAGCGGUGCUUCUACUCUUCCUAAUCACCGAGUUCCCUCAGGGGAUUAUGGGUCUGCUGAAUGCCCUCCUUGGCGAUGCCUUCUUUCUGCAGUGUUACCUAAAGCUGAGUGACCUAAUGGACAUCUUGGCACUUAUUAAUUCGAGCAUCAACUUCAUCCUUUACUGCUCGAUGAGUCGCCAGUUCCGUAGCACAUUUGCCCUGCUCUUCCGGCCUCGCUGGCUGGACAAGUGGUUGCCGCUUUCGCAGCAUGAUGGUGAAGGACGCGGCGGGGGCAGCGGUUAUGGUUAUGGAUACGGCGGCGGCGGAAGGCAGCGAUUACUACACACGGAUGCCGCCAGCAAGAGCAUGGCCAUCGAUCUCGGCCUGACGACGCAAGUGACGAAUGUGUAGCACGAGAGCAGCGGCCGGGCAGCAGUGUCAACCGCAGCGCCGGCAUCAUCCACAGUAGCAGCAACAUCCACAGCAGCAGCAGCUGCAGCAACAUCUGCAACAUCAGCGACUGAAAUUGAUGGAUGUGCUGGCGCCACUAACGACAUCAGCCUGGUGGAAGUGCUGCACGCGCAGCCUGGCCAAAAAAGAGGAGAGGUUUCAGUUGCCAGCCAGAAUCGAAGACGUCGCAGUGGCAGUGGCAAAUGCAUUUGGCCCACCACGGAGUGGCUAAGAAAGUUGCGCCAUCAAAAGGCACACAAGGAUGCCGAUGCCUGUACUGAUAACGAUAUAGAACUAGGCAGGACCACUAUCAAUAGACGCAGCAGUGUCCUGUUAAUGGUCCUGCUUAGCAGUUCCGACGAGGUCAAGGCCAAGGCCGUUCUGGUCAGUGAUCAGCAUCAGCAGGCUAGCAAGCAGCAGGAGGUGAAACUGGACGAGGACGUAGAGGAUGCCAUCGAUGCUCUCUGGCUGUGAGAUGUUCCAACCCUCUAGCACUUAACUACCCUCUUAGAAAAAGAAGAAAAAAAAACACAAAAACAAUUCCUUGUAAAUGAAAUCCCCACUAAUAGCUAACUACUGUGUACAGACCAAUUAAUUAAUCAAACAAAUUGUUUAUGGCUGCUCCCUACAUAUAUAUAUUUUCCUGCCGCCGCGUUGCAGUUACGGAUUGUGAGCCCCUCUUCGUUUCGGCUUCGCUCUGCUGGAAAAUCAAAUGGAAAUUCUAUGAUUUCCCUCGGGGAGCAGUUUUGAACACUUUGUGGCGACACCCACACACAUUUGAUAAGUGAUAUUUACUUGACUAAGUUUUCCUCGAUAAAUAGUUGUGUAAGUGCAAGUGCAAAGCGCAUCCUUCAGAUACCAAAAUUGAAACGAAAUUAGCUAUAGUCCAACUAUGAUAUAAGGUGUAUUUGUAACGCGAACGAUUCGGUAGGAUGAGAAGAGAUCUAAUUUCAUUUUCUACUGAAAUAU